AUGUCAUCUUCCGGCGACGAUACUCCUCUUGUGCGAGGGAACGAUCAAGUAAAGUCAUCAGAGCGCAUCACCGACGAGGAAGACAAGAGGAUGAACGUGGAAGCGCCUUCCAAUGGCCACGUCGAACCCGGCAUCUCUAUUCGUAUGGGACCCAUCGAUGAUAGCAAGAUGGAUGUCGAUGCGCCGGAGACGAAUGGCAACGCCAACGGAAAGCGCAAGGCGCGCACGAGCGUAGCGAACGGCAAAUCGUACAAGGACGCAAGCAAUUCGGAGGACGAUGACAAGCCUCUGAGCAAGCGGCGGCGGACAUCACAGCAGGCGAAGCCAGUCAAGGACGAUUCCGAUUCGGAACUCAGCGACGUGCCUCUCAAGGCUAGGGUACUUCCGAAGGCGAGCGCGGAGCAGAUUGGAGAGUCAGCAGACUCUGACGUGCCUCUAGCCACGAAGCUCACUAAGAAAAAAGAGUCGAUUGAAAAGGCUGCUGCAAAGGAGGCAAAGGCCAUACGCAACAAGGAAAAGGCACCCCCAAAGCGCAAGCAAAAAGCGGAGAGCGAUAGCGAGGAUGACGUCCCGCUUGCAAAGAAAAAGGCUCCAGCAAAGAAGGCGAAUGGUGUCAAGAAAGAGGAGUCUGACUCGGAUGCGCCACUCGCCAAGAAGUCCACUUCAAAGACUACCAAGGCAAAGGCUGCCGCCGCGGCACCAGCGAAGGGCAAAGGCAAGGUGAAGAAGGAGACUGAGGAGGAUCAGGAGGCUGAAGACGACGAGGAUGAGUAUCGCUGGUGGGAAGACCCAGGCAAGAGUGACGGCACCAGAAAGUGGGAAACUCUCGAACACUCUGGCGUUGUCUUUCCUCCCGAGUACGAGCCACUGCCCAAGCAUGUCAAACUGGUCUACGAUGGCGUGCCUGUCACUCUACAUAAGGAUGCCGAAGAGGUGGCUACUUUCUACGGAAGUAUGCUUAACUCGACGCACAACGUAGAAAACCCAACCUUCAACAAGAACUUCUUUGAGGACUUCACUGCCAUCCUAGACAAGACCGGACAUGGCAAAGACAAGAGUGGAAACACUGUCAAGAUCAAGAAGUUUGAGAAGUGCGACUUUAAGCCCAUCUUUGAGUGGUUCGAUUCUGAGCGCGCGAAAAAGAAGGCUCUCUCGGCGGCAGAGAAGAAGGCGCUCAAGGCUGAGAGGGAGGCUGCGGAGGCCCCGUACAUGUACUGCAUGUGGGAUGGUCGUAAGCAAAAGGUCGGCAACUUCCGCGUCGAACCGCCGGGCCUGUUCCGUGGUCGUGGUGAGCAUCCCAAGACUGGUCGUGUCAAGAAGCGUGUCAUGCCCGAACAAAUCACCAUCAACAUUGGCGAGAAGGCUAAGGUUCCUGAGCCGCCUGCGGGUCAUCGCUGGAAGGAGGUCAAACAUGACCACGAAGGUACAUGGCUUGCCAUGUGGCAAGAAAACAUCAAUGGUGCCUACAAGUAUGUCAUGCUUGCCGCCAACUCGGAUAUCAAGGGUCAAAGUGACUUCAAGAAGUUUGAAAAGGCGCGAGAGCUCAAGAAGCACAUUGAUCGUAUCCGCAAAGAUUACCGCAAGGACCUGAAUUCCAAGAUGAUGGCCGAUCGGCAACGUGCUACUGCCAUUUACCUUAUCGAUCAGUUCGCUCUUCGUGCUGGUAACGAAAAGGGAGAGGACGAGGCGGAUACAGUAGGCUGCUGCUCGCUCAAGUUUCAGCACAUCACUCUGAGGCCUCCGGAGACGGUCAUUUUCGACUUUCUGGGUAAGGACAGUAUUCGGUUCUACGACGAAGUCAAGGUGGAUCCGCAGGUCUUCAAGAAUUUGAAACUGUUCAAGAAGGAGCCCAAGACGACUGGUGAUGACAUUUUUGAUCGCUUGACGACUUCGGCGCUCAACAAGCAUCUGACCAGCUACAUGCCUGGUCUCACUGCCAAGGUCUUCCGUACCUAUAAUGCAUCUUACACCAUGGCUAGGCUGCUGAAGGAGAUGAAGCCUACUGGUAGUAUCCAGGAGAAGGUGAAGGCUUAUAACGAUGCGAACCGUGAAGUUGCUAUUCUUUGUAACCACAAGCGUACCGUUGCUGCCAACCACGCCAACUCUAUUGAGAAGAUGACGGAGAAGAUUAAUGGACUUCGGUAUCAAGUGUGGAGAACCAAGAUGAUGAUGAUUGACGUUGACCCGAAGAUCAAGAAGAAGAAGGGAGCCGAGUUCUUCGAACGGCCUGAGGAUCUCGACAUGGAGUGGGUCAAGGCGCACCAGGAUGCCGAGGUUGAGGAGUUGCGCCAAAAGAUCAUCAAGAAGUUUGAAAAGGACAACGAAAAGCUCAAGGCCGAGGGCGAGAAGGAGAUGAAGCCCAAGGAGCUUGAGGAGCGUCUUGAAAAGGCCGAUGAGCUUGCGGCAAAAUACAAGAAGGAGAACAAGACGGGCAAGGUCGAGGCCGAGGGCAAGGGCCCGACGAUUGAGAAGCUAGAGGGCAACAUUGACAAGCUCCAUCAGCGCAUUGAGAACAUGAAGAUCCAGAUGGAAGACAAGGAGGGCAACAAGGAAGUUGCCCUGGGCACGUCGAAGAUUAACUACAUUGACCCACGUCUCACUGUGGUGUUUUCCAAGAAGUUCGAUGUGCCGAUUGAGCGCUUCUUCUCCAAGACGUUGCGUGAAAAGUUUGACUGGGCCAUCAAAUCCGUCGACGAGAACUGGGAGUUUUAA